AUGGAGGCCAUAAAACGCAAGGUCGACGAAGCAGAUGAUAUAGCUGACGUUACUGCCUUGAUGAUCAAUCUAAACAUUCCAACCAAGGGAUGCAAAACCCUUCAACAGAUGACAGAUCGGAUCUGCGAAAAUCUAAAGGAUCGGGGUGAAAUUUUGGACCCGAAUAAGGUAAUACUGGUUGUAAUGAGUAUGUCGCGAAGUAGCGUCUUCAUAUACGCCGCCUGGACAACUGGCCUCAGUCUGCUAAAUUUGGGAAGAACGGCUAGCUCAGUCAUCGAGAUCUGUUUUCGAUUGUUGGUUUGCAACAAGGAUAUAAUUAACAGUAAAUUAUGUUUCAAUGAUAUGUAUAUCACUGAAGGCGUUUUCAUUUCUCAGAAAGAAGUCGAACUUUCAUGACUCGACAGAUUAUUAGGGGAGGAUCGAUGCUUGCUUGUAGCAUCUUUCAGCUUGCUCUUUACUGAAAAUGAUAUUAUUGUUUCUCCUACCCUUCCUUAAAAAUAGAGAAAAUAUGAGAAAUAUAAGAAUCGAGUCGCAUUUGAAAUGACCCAGUGACAAUGCAGAGGCACCCAACGAGAAUAUAGUUCAAAACCGCUUAAACAUAGAAUUGUUAAACGUAUUUUAGUAUUCAAACGGUAGAUAUAGGCAUAUUUUUAUCCCCUAAAAAAUUUUCAUCUGUUCGGAUUUCCUAGCUGAAAGUCUAGUGAUCCGAAAAUCAUAGGGAUCAAAACUUACUUUUUCGAAAAUUUCAGCCAGAAAAAAGGCUCCCGAAAAUUCUAGGUGACCUUUUUAGGGUAAAAAUCCUAUAAAGGUAGGCAAUUAUACCAUUUUUUUAGGCGCUCGAAAAUCCUAGGAGAGGCAGGCAAGCAAGAAAUAUUACAACAAAUGUUCCGAGUGUGGAUUCAAGCAUUUGCAAUUAACUUGUAAAUCGUACCACUAUAACUCUCAAAUACAUCGUUUUUCUGCGGUUAUUUAGUGGCAAAUGCUUUCUAAUUUUUGUUUACGUUCAUCGAAAUUUGGAAGUAUUUUACUUCACGCGAAUUCUCACAGAGGCAUUUGUGUUCGAGGUACGAGAACGCUAGAGUGCUCGCAGUCUCUUAUUUUUCUUUGCAAAGUUACUGCACACGAAACCUAAGCACGCGAGCGGCAAAGCCGCGAGCCGUGAGAAACGACGACGUAAGCCCGAGAAGAAAAAAUAAGAGACUGCUGACUUUUUUGUUCUGUCUGGGGACAACAAAGCUGUCGAGGUAAUUUAAUUAAUCUUGAAUUAAACCAGCGUGGAAAGAAAGUCGUGUCCGACAGCCCUGGGCUGGUGGAUUUUGCGAUCGGGCUAUUGAAUUCUGUGCUUAACUGCAAGUGAAGAUUUUUCGGAGAAUUAAAAUAGUACUGUAAGAUAAAUGUUUUAAAUUCCUGAUAAAUUCCUGCGGACUGAAAGUCGCUCCUACGAAGUGAAAUCUGCAUAAACAAGACGAAGUAUCGCAUUACAUGUCAGACGAGACAUAUUGAGAUCCCGCGCAUAAAGUAAAAGCAGAUAUUGAAAAAACUUUGGAGGUAAAUGUUGCCAUGACUAAUUCUUACUGAUUCAGAGAAAGCUAUUUGUCUAAAUGUUGCUUCAUAAUCAUUUGUGAGAAACGUAAACAAAAGGUUUUGAUCCUGAACUCGAGUGAGAAAUGUACAGUAUUAUGGUUUUAGCAAAUAUUGGUCACUUGCGUUUCAGUAUGGUAAAUUCUAAACACCGAUACUGUAGGUGUUUGUUGAUUAAAAUAUAUAGAUCACAUCGUAUUGUUUUCACUCUUCACGAAAAUCUUUCAGAUGAAAAGUUGCCAGAAAUGAAACGAACAUUUUUGUUCUUUUGAAACCUAAAACCUCUGGUUACUUGUAGCAAGAUGAAGCACAAAUUUGCAUAAUUUUUCUUUGCACGCUAUUUGCUCACUGAUGCGUGACUCGGCACUCGCACUUUCCACCUUUCCGUGAACUUAAAACUUGACUUGGAAAACCGAUUCCCAAACAAACCUUCUUCAGAAAAAUGAUUUUCUGAAUGCACUGCUUUUGAAUGAGACGCAAACUGAUGAAAGCUAUCAAAUUUUUAUGCCCUUCAAUAAUAUAAACAUCUCCCCUGUCAGCGGCUGAGAAAUACUCCCACGGAAAAUAUUUUUGGCGGCAAAUUGCAGAAUGAAGCGCUUUCAAUGGCAGCUUUUCGCGUUGUAGACGUUGUCGUUUAGUGUGUCCAUUGAGAACUUUGGUUUCACGGUUUCAGCGCAGUUUUUUUUCCUUACAAAAUGUUUUUCUAAGUUGUAAAAUGUCUAAAAUGCAUGUUAAUCAUUCACGUGUUGCGGUGGACUUAGAAAAAAUUCUACAGUGUGGCAGCGCCGAGAGCAAAACAGUAAAACUAGUUGAAGACAUAGGGAGUGAAUAUUGCGUUGAACUCAAAGCGUUACAGAAGCUUGAGUAUUUGGACAUUUUCACAAGCUGUUAACCAAUAAUAUGUUCAGGUUUUUAGCAUUGUGUUCAAACAAAAACGUUUGUCUGUUAUUUGGACCUUCAUUCCGUUAGCUUCACUUAAAUUCCUUAUUCCAUCAUUGUGGGUACUUUCAAGACAAAGGUAUUUAUAAUUGACUUUCUUUGCACCCUGAUUAAAAAGAUCACUCAAUGAUCUGUCAACCGCUGUGCAAUUGACCAAUCGGUUACUCCGUUUCUGGGCUGACAAAGGGUUUGUUUACUACAAAAGAGUCAGCAUUCCGUGUUUUCUCGUGUCGUCUCAAUCCCUUAUUGUAAUAAUAACGUCGUGGUUUGCAAUCGCGCUGGAUGAGGUAAGAACUAGACGGAUUUUAAGAGAAAAGGCGGAAUGCAAGCAGUCUAGAGACCGCAACCCCUUAUUUGUGUUGGGUGUUCUGUGCAUUAUUGGGUGUCCUGUGCAAUUAUUAAGGGAGGUUUUUUCGAGAUUACAUUUGUGUCGACACACAUUUGCCUCGCUUUGAGGAGAUUGAUUACGUUUUGCCUCACUUUGACGCGCUAACUCAAGUGGUGAGUCGUGUGUCCUUCAAACGUUUACUAAGGUCUGCUAUUUGUCUUCACAAAGCGUACAUAUUUCAAGAGUUUGCUGAAGGUCUAAUAUCCGCGAUCUGUGUUUGUUGAAUCUUCCAAAGCGUUCAACACCCUGAGUAAAAUUUUACUUCGGAUUAAGCUUUCAUAUUUUUCAAUAUGGUUCGUCCGUGUGGAAAAUGUGUGCGACUCCUGGUGCAUGCAUCAGAAUGAAACCGGGUUGUUUAGUUCGGCGGCCGUACCCCACCAAGUAAAUCUACUGAAAUGUGUGGCUCGGCGGCCGCUGUGCCACAAAAUAUUUACACGCCCGACACACUCUGGCUAGUGUCUCUCAAAUUACAAGCACUUGAGACGAAGCGUACGAUAUCAUAAGCCUUCAAAACCUUUUCAUAAUGACACACAGUUUAAAUAGAGGUUUCGCUGUACGCAAUCCUAGCGUUCAAAAUAUGCCAUAAUCAUAUUUAUCUAUCGCAAGAACCAUCCACCCUUCCCCCUCAACUGCUACCUGUACGCCUACUAACAAUUGCAAACAUAUCGAACGCACUCUCCUAAGCUCCGAUUACUCCUGGUUUAAAAAGGCGUCGCUAAAUAAUGACCGAACGCGGUCACACUUUGCUAAACAGUGAAUUCGCGCUGGUUCAAACUUCAUCGCUCUUAUUCACACUACUUUAAUUCAGUCAAAUGUUAGCGAUUUCUCAUGAGUUGAAUUCCAAAGGACUGUAUCUAAGUUCACAAAAACAAAAAGAAAUUAGUUUCUCGUCGUAGUUGUCUGGCCCCGUAUUCCCUGGAAUAAAAGCCGUCCUUCGAAUACACGCCCCCCUUUAAUGGAAAUAUUUAAAAUACAGUGAAACCUCUACAAAAGCGAACCCCCAGUUAAGAGGGUUAAGAGGGCAUUAAGUGCCUAGUGUUGUUUGCUCCCUCGUUGAUUUGACGGGGUUUUUUUUAGGCGUUUGAGGUAAUUGCAGAUGCACAAACAAUGGAAAAGCUGAAGUCAAUAAAGCUCCUUCGGAUCUAUAAUGAAGUUUCACAGGUAGUAAGCCAACUUGAUGCCACUUUUCUAAAUCUUCUAAAAACAAGCGAGGGUGAUGUCAAUGCCAACAUAAAAAGCAGAAUGGAAAGGAUCGAGAACAAGGAAUACGUCGUUCUUGUCGCAGGUGCGUUACGUUUUAUCAUCAUUCAAAUUUUUUUGCGAUCUAUUGAUCGGUCUCGAGAUCAUUGGUUCGUCCGAAGGUUACUGCCAGCUACAAUAAGACUAAUGCUUAAGUAGCUUGUUCUAUGCUCCAAGAAAGGAAGGAAAGCACAUUGAGAAAAGCUGCGCGAAAACCGAGUAGGGGCUUGGGGGAGGCAAGUAAGUGAAGCCUGUGGUUUCUAAUACCUCGAAAUUCCGGUAUACCAGCUCCUGGUAAAGCUCAAUGAUUUGUCAAUUAUGAUAGACAGUUUACUUCAACGCAUUACGCCAAUCACUUUGCUUCGUUCGUGCAGAGACAAACGAUAAACAUGGCAAACGUGCAUGUAAACCGACCCUCCUACAUCGCUCUUUUGACACGAGAAAAAGUUGAAAGUGAAAAGUGAGCGAUUUGGUGGGGAGACUGAGGAGUUUUAAUUCAAAGACACUUACAGGCUAUCCCCUUCUCGCGUCCCACCCUUUAUCGCUCGGUGUCUUUUUCGGCGGUCCUUGGAAUUAUUAUCUUUUAAUUAGUGCUAGCCCAUUGCAUUCUAGAUUUCGAUUUUUUUUCUACGUGACAACUUUUUCAUGAUGAAGAUAAUAAAGAGGUUUUUGGCUUUUCUUUCACUCACACAUUUAAGUGCUUCGCAAACAUUUCCGUUCGUUUUCAAUAAGCAUUAGAAUUUCCAUCCAUUUCCCUCUGCAAGAGGAAGAGGGAGGCAUUAGAACUGUAUUUUCAGGAAAAAGGUGGCCAGAGUAUUCUUAACAGUCUAACAUGCAGGCUGACUUAAUUUAUGAAUGCUUACUUUCGCACCGGAUUUCAUUUCAGGUGAGACUAGCGCCGGCAAAAGCAGUAUGUUAAAUCUCAUUCUAGGGGAAGAGCUCUUGCCAUUCUCCGUGUUAAGCACAACAUCCACCAUUUGCGAAUUGAAGUAUGGGAAAAAAAGGAUAAUAAAGGUGCACUAUAAGCAAGAAGGAAAGGAUCCAGAGACAAAAGAGCUGGACGAUUCUUCUUCUUACCUUGAACAAAUAUCCACCUUCGUUCAUGUCAAGUCAGCAAGUUUGCGAGAAAAAGCACUGUACAAAAAAGUGGAAUUAUUUUGGCCUCACAGCUUGCUGAAGGUGAUUAUUUGCGCACAUAUUUCACUGGCGGAUCCAGGGGGAGGGUCCGGGGGGCCCGGACCCCUCUAUCAGGCCUAACUCUUUUUUGAGACUGAAAUUCUACAUCGACUGGCUUUUUUUUUUUUUUACAUUUUGCCACUAAACUAAAUUCCAGGGAAAUUAAAAAAAUGUAAUUGCAGUGGGUACCUUCUUUUGGGUUCGCAUCUUCUUGCAACGCAAUACUUCCCUACCCGCUUUCAAAGACUGACAAACACUUGGUCGUAGGAUUAGACUAUUAAGUGGUCAUUAUGCAAAAAAGGCUGUUACUGGAGGUUCGACUUCAUGUCAACGUUAUGUUGUUUCUUUCUUUCAGCAAGGAGUGGUAAUCGUUGACAGCCCUGGUAUUGGAGAGUCAGAUAUCAUGGAUGAUAUAGUUGUCAAUUAUUUGCCGAAUGCCUUUGCCUUCAUUUACGUCAUAAACAGCAGCUUGGCAGGUGGAGUUCAAAAAGAUCGAGUAAGUGUAUCAAGCAACGCACGUCAACUCGAAGAGCAAUGUAGUUUUUAGUUAACAGUGACACCGUGAGUGCAAAAACGAGAAAUAUAGGAAAAAAACUAAGAUAUAACAUGCAAAUAUCUCAGAAAAUGGUGCGCUGUAAUUGGUUUAUAAACAAUAGAAAUACAUAUGAACUAAUCAUGUUCCACAAUCGUUAAUGGCAUCUUUGAAGUGACGCGGGAGACUGGGGUAAUAUUGUGUCCAAUAACGACUAUGGGACUGUUUUGAGAAAGUAUUUUUAAUCAAGAAAAUUUCUUCAUGUACAUUAUUCAACAUGUUAAAGGAUAAUCGUGCAAAAUUUAGUAAAUUCUAAAAGGAAUUCGCCUGUAUGAUUACCUAUUGAUAUGCCAUGACGGCUACCAGAUUUGUAUUGCUUAAUCCCUAAACUCUUGAAGAGAUUUUUUAAUGCUUAAUCGCUACAUGAUCCUACAGGAUUUCAACAAAAAUCAAACAUACACUCAACACGUUUCUCGAGGCAUCCUAAAAGCCAAUAACAGGACGGGCAUGGCAUCGUAGGAUGUCUAUGAGUAUACUUCCGGUAAAACUCAAACAACUCAAAAUUCCGGUUUAAUAUACUACUGAGAUGAUUUAAUAUACUACAGAGAUGAUUUGCCCGAAAAUGUAGAAAGGCCACUUCUGGUUGACUGUCUCUCAAAAAUGUCUUUGUUUGAGCUCAAAAAACGACACAAUUGUACAACCAGAAAAAUAUUAUGGUAUGAUUAACUAACAUUUCUGCACGUACUGUGUAAUAACCAUUAGCAAACCAUGGUGAUAACGGUGUCUGCAGCACGAGAUUGGAACUCUAAUACGACUGUGCAAAAUCAGUCGACAAUGAAUCCAAAUAAACUGUAAAAAAAAAAGUAUGAAAGAGCCCAAAGAAAUUUCGACCUUUACUUAGUUUAAUUCAGUUUACAAACAACUUCAUCUUGUAUAAACUAAUUUCCUUUUUGUACUCACUUAGAUACUGCGGCUCCUAGAGAAGACAAGAAAACUGACAAAUGAGAGGCAAAUGGAGUUCUCCCCUAACUGUGCCCUGUUCGUUUGCAACAAAUGGGACAAUGUUCCAACUACCGAAGCAGUAGAAGUGAUGAAUCAUAUAACAACCAAGCUGAGCCAGUGUUUGCCAGACUUAGACUCAGAACGUCAGAUCAUGCGACUUUCAACUACAAAAGCUUUAAUGGCUCAAAAGUUUAACAUAAUGAAUGAAGAGUUUGCAUUACUUACCAAGAACAUUGGGCUUUUGGUUAAGAAAAGCAUCGAAACACGCCUUGAACAACAUUGGAGGUAUGAAUGAGACCUGCGACAACUUAAUUUAAUUUCAAGUUUCUUUUAGCAAUUAGUAUGUGUAAUCAAAUGGUGACGAGUGAAAUUAGGGAAUAAUUUCACGCGCGUUUUGUCCAAAUCCUUAUAAAUUAUUAGGAUUUGGACAAAACGCAAGUGAAAUUAUUCCCUAAUUUCACGAGUAUACCAUUUGAUUACCUAUUAAUAUCAUGGGUGACGAAUUACGUUAGCAAUCUUGGAUUUUGACAUGUUUAUCCUGGAUCGUAUCGAUCGAGAACUCCACACCCUCAAGUGUUUAGACCUUAAAUUUGGCUCAUAAAGUUCAGAAUUUUUCAGACUUUUUCGGCAAAAUACCUGUUAGAAUCCUUCUUGAUGUUUUCUUGUGUGUUCAGGUUUUCUAAAGCUUCUUUUUGUGCCCUGACAUAUUCAUUCACGGCAUUUUAAAACUUCGUCGCCAUCUUGACACUGAGACGUACGGCAGGUUGCAAUGGCAAUUUUGUAAUUUCACAUGUGAAAUUACAAAUUAACGCUGAAAUUUCGCGCCAAAAUUAAGCAGUAAUUCGUCACCAACGAUAUUAAUGAAAUUACCAUCCCAAUGUACAUUUAAAAAAUCAGCCUGCGUUCUUCUACACGUCUCCUUUUUCCUUUGUUUUUCUAGCAAAAGUCCCUUUUCAAGGAAACGUCCCUGCUAACGUCACCUUUGUUAGAAAGCUAGCCACCCUUUUGUGUCGGGCACAGUUCCAUCCUAUACGAUUCAGGACAAAGGACAGUUUUAAACAUCCGAGGGUUUACAUAUUGCUGGACAGUGUAUCUUACAAUCAAAUGACAAGUCGUCGGUUUUCAAUAGAGGAUUUUCACUCUGACAAAACUCAACGGAUGGUUAUAUGUGUUGCAAAAUAAAAAUGCAAAUUAAUCUGAUUGCAGGCUUUCAUUUGACACUGAGAAUGCGUAGCAAGUCGGUUAUUGCAUUUAUUUUAUUUUAAUUGUUUUCCAGCUGGCUGGAUCGACUCCUUGAUCGAAUAAUUUGGAUGAUGGAUGUAUUUAUACAUAACAUUCACACUCAUGAGAUAGCUGCACAGGAAAGGUUGGAAAGUGUAAUGGAACGUCUGGAAAGGCUUCAUAACGAACAGGAGUCAGUGAUGGGUGAACUGAGACUCCAUCUCGUGACAAACGUCAGAAACGUUGUUGAGGAGUUAAUAAGUUUCUUGAAACGACAAGACGUCGUCGAAAUGUUCAGUACAUGGGACGACGAUAACCUUCCGGAUGAUGAAGGCUCAUGGGAAGUCAUUGAGGCAGUGCUUGGCAGGUGGAGUUCAAAAAGAUCGAGUAAGUGUAUCAAGCAACGCACGUCAACUCGAAGAGCAAUGUAGUUUUUAGUUAACAGUGACACCGUGAGUGCAAAAACGAGAAAUAUAGGAAAAAAACUAAAAUACAACAUGCAAAUAUCUCAGAAAAUGGCGCGCUGUAAUUGUUUGAUAAACAAUAGAAAUACAUAUGAACCAAUCAUGUUCCACAAUCGUUAAUGGCAUCUUUGAAGUGACGAGGAAGACUGAGGUAAUAUUGUGUCCAAUAACGACUAUGAGACUGUUUUGAGAAAGUAUUUUUAAUCAAGAAAAUUUCUUCAUGUACAUUAUUCAACAUGUUAAAGGAUAAUCAUACCACUUUUCUCAAUUAUUUGGAAUUUUCUUUCACUCGUGUGUUUUUCAAAAAGUCCAAAUUGCUUUCUCCCUGUCCUGCUCAAAUGCAACUUUGAUAUAAUUUGAAAAGAAUAAUAUCGUGCAAAAUUUAGUAAAUUCUAAAAGGAACUCGCCUGUAUGAUUACCUAUUGAUAUGCCUUGACGGCUACCAGAUUUGUAUUGCUUAAUCCCUAAACUCUUGAAGAGAUUUUUUAAUGGUUAAUCGCUACACGAUCCUACAGGAUUUCAACAGGCAUCCUAAAAGCCAACAACAGGACGGGCAUGGCAUCGUAGGAUGUCUAUGAGUAUACUUCCGGUAAACUUAAACAACUCAAAUUUCCGGUUUAAUAUACUACAGAGAUCAUUUGCCCGAAAAUGUAGAAAGGCCACUUCUGGUUGACUGUCUCUCAAAAAUGCCUUUGUUUGAGCUCAAAAAACGACACAAUUGUACAACCAGAAAAAUAUUAUGUUAUGACUAACUAACAUUUCUGCACGUACUGUGUAAUAACUAUUAGCAAACCAUGGUGAUAACGGUGAUCGGGUAAAGAGGUAGCACUAUCACUUGAAGAACUACAGUCAGCCAUAUUCGAGAAUCCAAAUAAACUGUAAAGUAAAAAGUAUGAAAGAGCCCAAAGAAAUUUCGACCUUUACUUAGUUUAAUUCAGUUUACAAACAACUUCAUCUUGUAUAAACUAAUUUCCUUUUUGUACUCACUUAGAUACUGCGGCUCCUAGAG